GUUAUUUGUUGACUCCAAGCUUGAAUACUUGCAGCCUUAACCAAGAAUGAUGGGGAAAGAUUUGAUAGAGAAGAGUAUCAUGGAAAAAGAAGGGUUAGAGAAGAAAUCUAGGGGUCCAAUAUUUCUUUCAAAUGCUUAUGGAAAUGUCCAGUCUCGAUAUCUGAAAGCUCCUAUGGGUUCUUGUCAUGAUUUAUGCAAGUAUGGUCAUAAGCAUGAUUUCGAUGAUGAAGGAAAGCAUACUAUUUUCAGAAGGUUCAUGAAAAAUGGCAAUGUUUCAGAUUCUGUGCAAAAUCAUGCUGGAGAUCUGAAUAUGGGUGACAGGAGGAAGAUCUCAAGGGGUUCUGAUAAAGCAAAAGUUUUACAACAAAAUAUGCAAAAGGUAGUUGGGAUGACUGAGAUCCCUAAUGAAAUUAGUCUCCAGAAAAAGAGCAUGGCAAUUCCACUGCAAACAAUUAGUUCUUCAGUUGAAGUAGAUCACCUGAAAAAUUUGAAUGCGAACGAGAAGAAGAAGAAGAAACAAGCUGUGAAACCAAAGGCUUCACCUGUCUUGGAGCACUCUCCGGUCAAGCAAAACAAACUCAAGGCUUCUGCUGAAAUUACUUCUGGCGGUGACCCAAAUAUCUUUGAGGAGAAGGUUGCAUCAUAUGUGAAGGAAACCAUUACAUCCUCUGCAUGGAAAGUGAACAGGCAAAAGAACAUGACUGGCAGGAAACGUUCUGCAUCAACUAAAUUACAGAGUGAGAGGAAAAAUGUUUAUCUACCUUCUAAAAAGAUUGAUGGUUCUGCAAAACCUGCAAUUUCUUUGAAGGCUAAGGUUCCACUUGUAAGGUCUGUAGCUCAAUUAAAUGCCACUAGGAACCUAGAAAGUUCAAGAAAUUUGGACAGGAAAGUUAGCAAAAGCUUCAAAAUGCUUAAAGUUGGUGACAGGAAUUUUCGGAAGUUGCAAACAGCUUCUAUAUACUCCACAAUACCUGUCCAUGAUGUUGUAAGUUUGAAAGAAAGGAAAUUUAAAAAUCUAGAGCAUGCAACACACCUAAGAGGAAAAAAAACUGAUGAUGGUGCUGACAUCCAUCGGAACAUUAAGAAAAGCAUAGAAGCAAAAUCAAAGAAUGAAGGUAUGGUUGCCAAUGAUGAGAACUUCAGUAUCGAAGGUGAUGGAUAUAUUUCUGAGUCUUGUGUUAGUGAACUAUCUGAAAUUGAGGAUGUCAAAAGCAAGCAAGGAGGUGAUCAUUCGAAGGAAAAAGACAAGAGAAGGGUACGAAGAACUCCAGCUGCUAAAAUAGAUGAUAGUUCUUCCUUGCCUUACAAGAUGAAGUUCAAGAGAGGAAGAGUUAUUGAUCUUAGGCCAACAGAGAACGUUGGGCCUAGAAGGCUCAGAUUUAGGAGGGGGCGAGUGCUUGAUGAGAAUUCCAAUGGUGAAGUCAUAAAGAGAUUCUUUAGGAAGAGAGAUAAGAGCGACAUGAAACCUUCUGGUGCAAUAGCUCUUGCCAAUUCGUCAGAAGCUGCCACUGUCAUAUUGAAGCAUCAAGAUGCACAAGAGAAGAAAGAUAUGCAAGCUCUUUUCAAUCAUGUAAUCGAAGAAACCGCAAGCAAGCUUGUCAAGACUAGGAAGAGCAAGGUAAAAGCCUUGGUGGGAGCUUUUGAAACUGUGAUCUCACUUCAGGAGACCAAAGCAGCACGGUUAAUAUGAGCUUUCAGUUUAGUAACUUGAGUUGCACCCUUUGUUUGCGUGGUGUUGAACUGUUUGGGAGUAUUUCUACAGUAAACUGUAAAAUAGCUCAAAUUUGUUUGCAAUAAGCAUGUGGUUGUGUAAAUAAGAGCAUUCUGAAUAUGACUGAGGCUUGUGCACA